CUUGUUAAAAAUGGCAGCCGCCAUGAAAGCGAAGUGUGACAAAAUGAUCGACGGCGGGAGAUGGAGAAAAUGAUCGUGGAUGUCUAAUAAGACAAGUGUUAGGGUGAUACAGACUGAUCUCUGAAAUACACAAACUAGCAGUACUGUACAACUGAUUAAGAUGACGUCUAUUGUAAAACUACAAGCCUUCUCUGGCGCUCACAAUGAAUCUCCGCCCUGCUAUAUGUUACAAGUGGACGAGUUCCGCUUUCUUCUGGAUUGUGGAUGGGAUGAGGAUUUCAAUCUAGACUUUAUAAAAGAAUUAAAAAGACACACCCACCAAAUUGAUGCUGUAUUACUUAGCUAUCCUGAUCACAUCCACUUAGGAGCUCUGCCUUAUAUGGUGGGAAAGGCUGGAAUGACCUGUCCUAUAUACGCCACUAUUCCUGUGUAUAAGAUGGGGCAGAUGUUUAUGUACGACCUUUACCAGUCAAGGCACAACACAGAGGAUUUUGAGAUAUUCAGCCUUGAUGAUGUUGAUUGUGCAUUUGAUAAAAUCCACCAGCUUAAAUAUUCACAAACUGUACAUAUGAAAGGUAAAGGUCACGGUCUACAGAUUACCCCUCUCCCCGCGGGACACAUGAUAGGGGGAACCAUAUGGAAGAUUGUCAAGGACGGCGAGGAGGAAAUCAUUUAUGCGGCAGACUACAAUCACAAAAAAGAAAGGCAUUUAAAUGGAUGUGUUCUUGAGUCCAUAUCACGACCUUCCUUGAUGAUCACGGACGCCUUCAAUGCUACAUACAUUCAGUCACGUAGACGGACGAGGGAUGAGCAGCUUAUGACAACCAUUUUACAGACGAUGAGGAAUGAUGGGAAUGUCUUAGUGGCCGUGGAUACAGCUGGCAGGAUGCUUGAGCUUGCUCAAUUAUUGGACCAAAUGUGGAGGACGUCAGAAUCUGGUCUGUCUCCUUACUCCCUGGCACUCCUUAAUAAUGUCAGCUUCAAUGUGGUGGAGUUUGCUAAGUCCCAGAUGGAAUGGAUGAGUGACAAAAUCAUGAGAUCGUUUGAAGAGAACAGGAACAACCCAUUCCAUUUCAAGCAUGUAAAGCUGUGUCAUAACCUGGCUGAACUGUCAAGGAUUCCUGAGCCAAAGGUGGUGCUUUCCAGUGUUCCAGAUCUGCAAUGUGGCUUCUCUCGCGACCUCUUUGUGGCAUGGUGUGGCAGCGCAAAGAACAGUAUAAUCCUGACCAAUCGUACAUCUCCUGGCACUCUCGCCCGACAACUCAUUGACAAUCCUGAAAACAAGACUGUUACUAUGGAGAUACGGAGGAGAAUUAAGCUAGAAGGAGGUGAACUGGAUGACUACUUGAAAAAGAAGCAAGAAAAAGUAGCAGAGAUGGCACGAGUGAAGAAUGAGCAAGAAAAUGACCUUGAUGACGAGUCCAGUGAUGAAAGUGAGGCUGAGAUGGACAUUGACACGUACGCCUCAGGCACCAAAGGAAAACAUGAUCUCAUGAUGAAAAGUGAAGGUAAAAGUAGAACUGGAUUUUUCAAACAAGCCAAGAAGGCCUACCCAAUGUUCCCAUACACGGAGGAGAAGAUUAAGUGGGAUGAGUACGGAGAAAUAAUAAGACCAGAGGACUACACCAUACUAGAAGCGCCCAUUCAAGACGAAGUAACAGCCAUGGACAGUGUGGCGCGGGAAGUGGAAUCAAUGCAAGAAGUGUCAGAGGUGCCGACCAAAUGUGUAUCCGCCACCGUUACACUCGACAUCAACGCCAACAUUCAGUAUAUCGACUUCGAGGGUCGAUCUGACGGAGAAUCCAUCAAGAAAAUUUUGAGUCAGAUCAAACCUAGGCAGCUGAUUCUAGUGCGAGCUGUGACAGAGGCUACUGAUUCCCUGGCAGACUACUGUCGCAAGCUUGAGGGCAUGGUCCAAGGCAAGAUCUUCACCCCCAAAGUGGGCGAGAUUGUGGAUGUGACCAGGGAGAGCCACAUCUACCAGGUGAGGCUGAGGGACUACGUGGUCAGUGCACUGGACUUCCAGAAAGCUAAGGACACCGAACUGGCCUGGCUUGAGGGCAUGCUGGACAUGAGUCAGGGCAAGACUGACACUAGUCCAAUGUUUGAGCUGGAGGAAGGCGAUCUGUCUGAGGAAGCCAGGGAGAAGAGACUACAACAAGAGAAAAUGGAUGAGGAAGAGAAGGCAAUGGAAAUUGUGCCUACUCUUGAGUCUGUUCAACCACACCAAAUAGAGGGGCACAAAGCUGUAUUUGUCAACGAACCAAAACUCUCAGACUUCAAACUGGUACUACUACAGGAAGGAUUCCAGGCCGAGUUUAUAGCUGGGGUCCUCAUUUGUAACAGCAGUGUGGCCGUCAAAAGGAAUGAAGCAGGUAAAAUUCAGCUGGAGGGGUCCAUUUGUGAAGACUUUUACAAAAUACGGGAGUUACUGUAUAACCAAUAUGCCAUUGUAUAGAGCUGAAAUGCUGUUUGUGUCACCCAAUAAGCUGCAAUGUAGAACAUUUUAUUGCCAAUAUGUCUGGAUAAGGAACUGAAAUGCUGUUUGUGUCAUCAAUAAGCUGCAACGUAGAACAUUUUGUUGCCAAUGUGUCUGGAUAAAGAACUGAAAUGUUGUGUGUGUCAUCAAUAAGCUGCAAUGUAGAACAUUUUAUUGCCAAUAUGUCUGGAUAAAGAACUGAAAUGCUGUUUGUGUCAUCAAUAAGCUGCAAUGUAGAACAUUUCAUUGCCAAUAUGUCUGGAUAAGGAACUGAAAUGCUGUUUGUGUCACCCAAUAAGCUGCAAUGUAGAACAUUUUAUUGCCAAUAUGUCUGAAUAAAGAACUGAAAUGCUGUUUGUGUCACCCAAUAAGCUGCAAUGUAGAACAUUUUAUUGCCAGUAUGUCUGGAUAAAGAACUGAAAUGCUGUUUGGGUCAUUAACUCAUUCACCCCUGAAGACACAUUUCAGCUCUUCAAAUUCAAAGGUUGGAAUAGUUCAUUAUGAAAUUUCAGGGGUGAAUGAGUUAAUAAGCCAUGGUAGUGAACUGUUUUGUGUCAUUCUGUAGAUUAUAUAUAACAGAUAAUGAGAGCAAAGUAAUCGGAAAUAGUAGUGUUUUAAUGUGAGACAAGCUUAAUGUAGAACAGCGUGGAAUAAGAUCCAAGAUGUUUAACAUUUUCAAAGAAUUAUGUACAGCCCAGUUCCAGCAAAUAUUUGGCCAAGUGUUUAUUUUUGAUGAAAGAAACACAUUAUCUUUAGCUUCUCUUAGAUUCCAUCCUUUGAGGGACGACUUCGGUUUUUAUUGUAUGAGGGACAAGUCGGAUAUGAUCAGAAAUAUCAUGUGUUGUUAAUAUGUGUUCUGGUGAGUAUAAACAUUGCAUGUUGUAUUGUCAUACAUACAUUGUAUCAUCCUCAUCAUCAUCCAUUAAACUCAAUAGUUGAAUUCA